GUCAAUGAUAGUUAGCCCCGCCCUCUUUUGAUGGUAAAGGUAGCCAUUUUUAUUCUCUCAGCAUUUGUAUCAGAGAAGCAGUCAAGAAUUGAGGCAAUGGCAGGACCCAAGAUAGGCAUCUCUGCUGAGGAUUGGGUAAAGCACUGGGAUACUGAUUUUGCAGAGUUCUCACACCAGUCCCAUGGCCACGAGCAUCACGACCAUCACCACCAUCACGAUCAUCACCAUCACGGUCAUCACCAUCACGGAGGAGCGGAGGAGGACGAAAGAGGUUGUGGAAGUCAGAAAUAUCUUAAGAAAUACCUCCCCAAGCUAACUCGAGACCGACCCUCUGUGUCCGUACUAGUGUCGCUGUGUGGAGACUCCUCAGAUGUGGCGUUCUUAGCCGGCAAAGGUCACGAUGUAAUCGGGAUUGAGAUAUCCGAAAAAGCCGUCAAGUCUAUAUUCACGGAAAACCAGCCCCCAAUUCCAUACUCUGUAACAGAGAAAGGUCCCUUUAAGGUCUACACGGCCACUGAUGACAAGAAGAUAGCAAUCUACGUUGGUAAUUUUUUCGAUACUCUACCUAGCGAUGUGGGUCCAUUUGAUGCCGUAUGGGAUGGUCACGGUAUUGUUGCUAUACCUGAGAAAGACAUGCAGCCUUAUGCAGACAAGCUAAAGACGCUGCUGAAAGCCGAUGGUGCGAUGCUGUUCUCAACUGUGUGGUAUGACAUCAGAGAGCUUACUAAAGGGCCUGCCCCUGCCCCCCUCUCUACUGACGAGCUUAGCAGAUUCUUCCCUGGCUGUAAGGUGGAACUACUGGAGAAAGGACCGUUUGAUAAUUCAGACUUUGAGGGAGUAACCAAGGCCACCAAUGAUAUCAACCUUAUUACAAAGAACCAAUAGCUGAACUCAACCAAUAGCUGAACUCAACCAAUAGCUGAACUCAACCAAUAACUGAACUCAACACACCUGUGUGUGUGCGUAGUUAAUAUCAGCAUAUAAACAUUCCUCUCCCCUCAUCAUUAUUCAUGAGACUG